AUGGGUUUGAGCUCAGAAUGCUCUUCAAGGUAUGCCAAAUAAUCCACGAGUAAUAUGCACGCGGGACUGUGUGAUGCAGAUCACUGAUAGUGCUUCCCUUCUCAAUCGCCCCUGCCAUCUUCAGCCGACUCCCGCUUCGAUGACUCGAUCGCUGGACAGAAGGAUAUCUCUUUUGUUCCCAGCCUGAUCUGCACCUCCUCUCAAAACCUCAAACUCGUCUCGUUCGCUGCAAGGGACGAUUUUUCGGACCGAGUUCUUGAGUGGACCCGCUCGCUCUCAACCUCGACACGCUGCCAGCCGAAGCAAUACUGUUGAUUAGGGUUUCUCCUUUUUGCAUCGACCAGCGAACUAGUUUCAUAUCUGAGGCUUUGCUACUAUUGCAGAUCUACUAGCAUGCCAGCGAUCGUCGUCAACUCUUACAUCGCGCAUCCGUCCCUGCCAGCUCAUGGCGGACGGCAUCAUCUCGGAGUACAAGAGGACAGCAAUCUGGACCCUGCCCUCCCAAAGUCGCUGAUGAAAGGAUUUCUGGCCACACGAUACAGCUUGGUGAGGUGAGGUCGGGCGCCUUCGUUAUGGCCGGCCAAAUGGUGGAGCAGUCAAAGGAACCCCCAGAUCUACUCCCAUGGUACGGUCUCACCGAACUCACCCACCUUCCCUCAAUCGGUGACCAUACCUCUUGGACGGUCUUUCGAUGAGGGGAAAGGGGUCUGGAAGGUGCAAGACGCUUCGGACUUGUUCCAGGGGCUCAAAUUCGUGAACUCUAUAGCAACUUCGCUAUAG